GUUACGCAAACACAAUCAUGUAUAAUCGUGAUCAUUAAUCAAAUAAUCAAUUAAAAAGCGUCAUGUUUCUGGCCCUCUAGAAACCACAAUAAAACCGCAUUUUACGAUUUUUUUAUCGAAACAUUUAAUUUUUAAAACCUCGACACUGUUCCAAACCGAUCGAACAAAGUGAAAAAAUCACAGUGACCUUGACAUUGAAAAUUUCGGCUAAAAAUCGCCACCAGAAUCGGGAAAUUUGCACCUCUCAAAGAAUUUGAUGUCACGUAAUCUCUAGACGGUGUAAUUAAGUCUAGUCGACCUUCAUACACAUAUCUGUGCACAAUAAUAAUUAUUAUCACUCCAUACAAUUGUGAGAAUAAUUUUUUUCGGGUUUGCCAAACCCCUAUUUAGGCCUCCAUUUCGUGCCAACUCUCCAGUGACAAAAUGGAGCCAUGGAUGAAAAUCUCUCUCCAUUUGUGCGUUUUUGGUUUCUUGAAAGAAAUCCGCCCUUCGGAGCCCUUCAUUUACGACUACUUGAUCGGCCCUUGGCGCAACCUCACUGAAGAUGAAGUGACGAAACAGGUCUAUCCUGUGGGAACCUACGCCAACAUGAUCCUCCUAGUCCUGGUGUUCCUCAUCACUGAUAUCUGCCGCUACAAGCCACUGAUUGUAGUCUUGGGCCUUUCGGGAAUCGCCGUUUGGGCAAUGCUUAUCUGGACUACAAGUCUUUUCAGUCUACAAGUCCUUGAAGUAAUUUAUGGCAUGUUUUGUGCCUCCGAAGUGGCAUACUAUACUUAUAUUUAUGCAAAAGUCGACAAAGAGCACUACCAGAAAGUGACGUCACACACCAGAGGCGCCAUCUUAGCCGGACGCGCCAUUUCAGGGAUCAGUUCCCAGGUUUUAGUCUCGACAAAAUGGAUGGACUUCAAAGAAUUGAACUACAUCACGUUUGCUGCGGUGAGUUUGGCAACCCUGUGGGCUCUGUUUCUCCCCAGCGUUGACCGAAGUCUGUACUUUCACUCCGACGCUCAGAAUCGGAAGUUUUCGGCAAAAGUCGGCUCGGCUUUUACCCUAAUGCGGAGCCAUUUUAUGGACGCUUUUACCAACAGUCACGUGGUUAAAUGGUCGGCUUGGUGGGCACUUUCCACCUGUGGUUACGUGCAAAUUGAAACCUACAUGCAACCACUUUACUCCGCCGUGCAACAUUCCAACGAAACGGCCUACAAUGGCGCCGUGGAGGCCAUUUUGACGCUGUCCGGCUUCCUGGUCGCGCUUCUGGCGGGCUAUUUGAAAUUUAAUUGGGAAGUUAAAGGAGAGUUAACUCUCGGUGUAUUUUCCUUGGUUCAGGGCGUUCUAAUGGUUGUGAUUUCGCAAACUGAUUACAUUUUUUUGUGUUAUGCGUUUUAUAUCGUGUUCGGGAUUUUGUAUCAUUUUAUGGUGACGAUAGCAAGUGCGCAAAUUGCUAAAGUUAUCGAUGAGGAUAGUUAUGGUUUGAUUUUUGGGCUAAAUACGUUUUUUGCUCUAGUUUGUAAUUCGAUUUUGACGGUGUUGGUGGCCACUGAAGGGGUCGGGUUUGCGUUGGAUGCGAGGGGGCAGUAUGUGGUGUAUGGGGGCUAUCAUUUGGCCAUUGCGCUCGUUUUUGUGAUCAUGGGGCUAAGGACGUGUUUUGGGAGUCGCGGGGUGGGGGAAAGUUGUGAUAAUAUUGUCGAUAAAGCGCCAGACGCUUAAUAAUUAAUAAAGCAUAUAAAAAUUA